GCGUGGCAGCUAUGGAGGAAACACAAACAGCUUUUUCUUCAAAGAAACCAUGUGGCAUCAAAGCAGCAGAGGUGGAGUUCAGCAAAGAUCCCAACUUCUGUUCAAGUGUUUCAAUGGAAGGUGUCUCAAAAGCUACAAAGCAAGGGUUGCCUAAAUCUGUCAAGAAAGUGGAGCCACCUUCAAAGAUGACAGCCGCAAGAGGACUUCCCAGAAAAUACAGUCUACAAGCAGGGCUGCAGAUGAAGGUGUUGGAAACAGAAAAUCAGCAGUUACGCUGCAAACUGACAGAAGCAGAGGGUACUAUAAAGGAUUUGAAGGAGGAGAAGGGAUUGCUGAUGCUAGAAAUUGAGAAACUCAAGAAGUCUCAGGAGGAUUGCAUGACGAUCUUAGCAAGAAGAAACAUUGAUCCUGUUACAGGCAGCAAGAUUUUGGAGGAGGAAGAGAAGGCCCAAGAAUACCAGAAGCACACACAGAAGCUUGUGGAAGAACUGAAGCAGUUUAAUCGAGCAGCUGUAGAAGAAAGGGAGGCACGUCAGGCAUGGAUGGCCAAGGGGCAGGCAGCCAGAGCCGAGAUGCAGCAGCAGGCCAUGAAGAAGCGUGCCUUCCAUCAAGCACAAAUGAGGAAGAGCAUGGCAAUCCUCAAGGAGGUUGAUCAGCUCCUGGAGAUGUGAGCUGGAGGCUGGGCUGUACUGUACUCUGUGUUUUGAUGGUUUCUUCCAUGUUCAGGGGUUACUUCUCAAAACCAGAUCUUACUUGGUGGCCUUAACCAGGGGGGAGGGUGCGUUGCAGGAGUUGGAGCAGGAUGGGUGGUUAUGGUGUGCGAGUUGCUCACAACCCUUGGUGCUCUCCCCAC